AUGAUCUUGAUCUUGCCUUUUAACCAUCACGUUGCUGUUCAGUAUUUGCUGUGCAGAGCAACGGGCGUCUUCAUUAGAGAUCCUGGGGCAAUGACAAGCGCCUCGGAUCCUCCCAGGACCAAAGACGAAUGUCGCAUUGCGGAGAUUGUGCAGCAUACGUGCGAGCUGCGGAUAAAUCGGCUUGGGCAACGCACGCUGCAUUGCUUUCCUAUCCCUCGGUUGUUGAAGCUCUGUCCUGGAAAGCCUGCCGUUGAGAUUACGAAACUUGUUCAUAUCAACGUGAAGAACGGCGAGGUGGAAAUCCCCAAGGAUCUCAGUGUCGACUCGCUGCAGGCUCACCCGUGGAGGGAGGUCGUCCGGUACGACCAAGCCCCUAUGCCGGAGUGA